UUUGGUGAUCAGAAACCAAGCUGGUGGUGAUGGCUGAAACUCAAACUAAAGCAUAAAGAAAGCGACACUGUGGUGAAUGAGUGAACUGAGAGCUGCUCGCUAUAUAAACAGCAACAUGUGGAGGAGAUGCGCUCAAGUUUCCUGAUGAGUCGCUGCAUGUGACACAGAACAAAGGAGCGCGCGAGCGCAACCCAAAACAUGACGCGUGACUCUCGUGCCUAAGGGAUGCGUGGAUUAUUAUUCUUAUCAAUAAUAUGAGUGGCCAUGGCUUGGUGUGACCGUGGGAUUCAGAUGCUGCUGGCCACCGUCGGUGCUUUUGUGGCGUUUAGUUUGAUGAGCAUCGCGAUCGGGACCGAUUAUUGGCUUUAUUCGCGGGCUUAUAUCUGUAACGCAACCAACAUCACCUCGGAUGAGACGCAGUCGCAACCCAAGAAAGUGCGCGGAGAUCUUACGCACUCCGGGCUGUGGAGGAUCUGCUGUAUUGAAGGUUUGAACAAGGGAACGUGUUACAGAAUCAAUCAUUUCCCUGAUGAUAAUGAUUAUGACACGGACAGCUCGGAGUAUCUUUUACGUAUUGUGCGCGCCUCCAGUGUUUUCCCCAUUCUCAGUACUACACUGCUGAUGCUGGGUGGGCUGUGUGUUGGGGUCGGCCGUAUCUACAGCAAGAGAAACAGCAUAUUACUGAGCGCAGGGAUACUGUUUGUGGCAGCAGGUCUGAGCAACAUUAUCGGCAUUAUCGUCUACAUCUCCAGCAACGCCGGAGACCCCAGCGACAAGCGAGAUGAGGACAAGAAGAACCAGUAUAACUAUGGCUGGUCUUUUUAUUUCGGCGCACUUUCGUUCAUCGUCGCCGAGGCCGUCGCUGUUUUGGCCGUCAACAUCUACAUCGAGAAGAACAAGGAAGUACGUUUUAAAGCACGCCAGGAGUUCAUCAAGUCUACCUCGUCCUCUUCGCCAUACUCCCGCAUGCCCAGUUUCCGCUACCGCAGGCGGCGCUCACGGUCCAGCUCUCGCUCAACCGAAGCGUCCCGCGAGGCGUCGCCCGUGGGGAUGAAAAUGAUAAGCUCAGUGCCUUUAGGAGAAAUCAACAUGUACACAUUGACGAGAGACCCGCUGAAGUCAGGGACGGACAGCUCGUACAGCCCUGACCACGAUUCUGGAUUCCUCCAAGUGCACAACUGUUUUCCCAAAGACCUUAAUGACGGCAUCAACAGGAGGACGACGCCAGUAUGAGGGUACAAAUUGGAACGGAGAAGAUAACGUGAAGGCCAUAUUGAAUGGAUAGCCAGCCAGGCUCAGUGGCCUGUGACAGAUAGCGGUGAAAGGGAUUGUCAUUGGUGCGACCAGUCAAGCGAUGACAUGUCUUGUCGGCGAAGGAGAAGCACUGUGCUCGGAAGGACGGAUUUGGUUCCGGAAUUCUACGCUAAUUUGUAUUUCCAGUCUCGCUCCUUACAUAUAAACGGGAAUUCUCAGAGAGACUCGUUAGGACUAGAAAUAAAGUAGAUGGUCUAUGGACAUUACAGUGGUUGUGCUUAAAUGAGCACAAACUUCGUAUAAGCCACUCGAUUAUCUUGUUAUUUGUCAGUACAGUGCCAUACUCUCGAUGUAUACCAAUAUAAAAACUGACUCAGAAUUUGAGAUGGUGCUAAUGUUGGCUGAUAGCUGAAGCCUUGCCCUCAAUGGAUGUUCGGUUCAAAUGUUUUGUAGUCACAGUUGUCUAACCCUCAGUGUGCCUAUCAGACUUACUCAAGAGCCACAACUCACUUCAAUGGAGUUUUUAUGUUGUUGUUGUAAAACUGGAUUAUUAGUUAAAGGUGCUGUAAGUGAUGUCAUUCUUGAACUUCUCUGUUUCUUGUUCCCUCAAAUAUUGGCCGCCAUGUACAGGUACACAUGUCAAAUGGUAAAAAACGCCUUAAACCCAGCAAGCAAUUUUGUACCUAAAAGACGUUUAAUAGCCAUCAAAACACAGCCUAGAUUUCUCUCAGUGAAACUCUAGUAGACGUUUAACCAUAGCCCAAAAAUAAAUAAAAUGAAAUAAACUGUUGACUUUACUUGAUGGAAUAUCACACAUCUCACAAGUUAUUUUGGCAAAAACAACAUGAAACCAAAUUGAAGUUUAUUUUGGAUAGAAGUGGGUUAUAGCCUAGCCUGAAAUGACGACUAUUGCUUGGUGAUAAGUUUUCCGGUUGGCUAAACUGUUAAAUUGUGGCCCACUUUUGCCCACUGUGUCGGUGUGACUUCUAUUAUAGUGAUAAUUAUCAGGUAAAGGGACAUUUUUUGUUAUUUCAUGAAAAAUCACUUACAGCACCUUUAAUUAAAUGAUAUAUCAGGUUAAUUUCAAUUUAGGAGAGUUACCAUUAUCAGUUAACACCCUACUGAAACAGUUUAUGAAUUUCUUUUCUGGUAUAGGCUGGUUUAUUGUCGAUGGUGCUGGUAUUGGGAUGCUCUAGCUGGUUAGCCUGUUAGCAUUUCUGGUGAAGCUAGUUGGCCAAGGAAGUCUUAAGCCUGGAUUAUAGUUUGUUUUUUACGCGUACGCGAACCUACGCACACAGUCAAACACACAGCCUUGCAAAGCAUAGUUUAUUUGACCCGUAUGUGUACACAGACGUUCAACGCAUGCACAUUGCGACAAAAUGCAGGGCAUCUCCUAAGCUACAUACCACAUUCUCCUGGAUACCCAUGUUUGACUGACGCAUAAAAAGUACACCCGUUUAAAAAAAUCUGGCAGUGUACUAUUCUAAUGACGAACUUUGCCUCACGCGCACUGUACGCCGACCCUCGUAUGUGUAAAAACAAACUAUACUUUUAGCUAAUUUACUAUUCCUCCACUUACUCCCGAUAAUUUACUCACCCCAAUGUCUUUCUUCAAUCGAAAAGAAAUUCAGUUUUUUGAGGAAAACAUUCCUGUAUUUAUAUAGUUAUUGGACCCCAACAGUUUACAGUUUUAACGCAGUUUAAAAUUGCAGUUUUAUUGCAGCUUCAAGGGCUCUAAAUGACCCCAAACGAGGCAUAAGGGUCUUAUCUAGCAAAACAAUUGUCAUUUUUGCAAAAUAAGCACUUUUAAACCACAACAUUUCUCAUAUUGCACUAGCCGUGUGAAGCGCCAGCGCGACCUUGCGUUUUAUGUAAGCACGUCGAAAGGUCACUCGUAACAUAUGUAAAACACACACUUGUGGACCAUUUUUAACAAUAACUGACACAAAGACAUUAAUUAGUAUCAUUCCACACACUGUACAACAACGUCGGAAUGUUGUAAACACUUGUAAACACUGGAGGGCUAGUUUCGCAUACAUCAUGCGCAUCAUAAGGCUAGUGCAAGACGAGAAGUUGUGGUUUAAAAGUACUUUUUUGGGGGGGAAGUUAUGAUUGUUUCACUAGAAAAGUCCCUAAUG